AUGUAUAACAACAGCAACAACAAUAGUCAAUCAACAAUGAAUACAGCACAACAACCACAACAACAACAAGUAUCGUCUGGGUCACCUACCAACAUAAUGGAUCCGAAUGCAAUGGCAGCCUACUGGGCAAAUCUACACCAACAACAAAUGCAACAACAGAUGACCAUUCAGCAACAACAACAACAACAACAACAAACGCAGCAACAACAACAGAUGAACAUUCCACAACAACAACAAACGCAACAACAAAUACAACAACUACAAAUGAAUAAUAUACAGCAACAACAAAUGGAUCCGAAUUACUUUUAUCAAUAUUACUAUAUGCAGAAUACACCUUAUUACCAACAUUUUUAUAAUCAAUCGAAUAAUACAAAUGUUACUUUACCUACAACAACCACGACAACUACAACAACAGGACAACAACAACUACAACUACAACAACCAAUGUUUAACAAUAACUUUGAUAAUCAACAACAAAUUAUGCAACAAAUGAAUAGUUUACAUCUGCUGCAGCAACAACAACAACAACAGCAACCACAACAACCACUAUCACAGCAACAACAACCAAUAAAAAUUUCAAUGGUACCGAAUAAAACGAAUACGAUCGUUCCUCCACCGGUAUUCAAACCCAAGUCGAAAAAUACCGAUAGCGUAGCAGUAGGUGGCACCAACUCGAGCUCGGCAACACCAAAUACAGCGGUGGGAGAGUACAGCAAGCACAACAGGGCUAGCCAGACAGUUGAGAUCACUGCAAACUUUCGCUUGCGGGGUUGA